AAAAGAAAAAAAAAGCAAGGCAUAGAUUAAUUAUACUUUUUUUUUUCCUUUAUUGUUGUCAAAUGGGAAAACUCAUCAAGAAAGGAACCAAGGGUAAUGCUGCUAAUUUUAUUACAAGACAGCAAGCCUUGAAUAAACUUCAAAUUUCACUUGCUGAUUUCAGACGUCUUUGUAUUCUCAAGGGCAUCUAUCCUCGUGAACCCAAAAACAAAAAGAAAGCCAACAAGGGAAGCACAGCACCUGCUACCUUUUACUAUGUCAAGGAUAUCAAGUAUCUUUUACAUGAACCUCUUUUAGCCAAGUUCCGUGAACACAAGGCAUUUACCAAAAAGCUCAACAAGGUACUUCACAAGGGAGAAUUUGCAGCUGCCAAAUCAUUAGAAGAAAACAACAAGCCGAUUUAUUCACUGGAUCACAUUGUGAAAGAAAGAUACCCCACCUUCAUUGACGCACUUCGAGAUCUGGAUGAUGCUCUGUCGAUGCUCUUCUUAUUUGCCAUGUUGCCCACAGAUGACAAGAUUAAGGCUGAUGUCGUAUCUGAUUGUCGACAAUUGAUUGCCGAAUUUCAAGGAUACGUCAUGCGUUCCAAGAGUCUUCGUAAAGUAUUCUUUUCGAUCAAGGGUAUUUAUUAUCAAGCAGAGAUCAAGGGACAGACGAUCACCUGGAUCGUACCUUACCAGUUCUCUCAAAACAUUCCUACUGAUGUUGAUUUCCGUGUGAUGAUGACCUUUUUGGAGUUUUAUCGUACCUUGGUUGGAUUCGUCAAUUUCAGACUGUACACUGAGCUCAACAUGACCUAUCCUCCCAAGAUUGACGAAACAGGUGGAUUUAACUUGGAUGAGAACAUGCCCAAGGGUAAUGCUCGUAAAGAACAAGAGGAAGAGGAAGAAGACGAAGGAGAGACAUUGGACGAAUUCAAAUCUGCUGCUGAUAACGAUGAAAAGGACGAUAUGCUUACCAAGAUUCAAGCUGCCUCCAACGAAGCUGCAGAACUUCAAAGUUUGUUUGAAGGACAAAAGUUUUUCUUGUCAAGAGAGACACCUCGAUAUGCACUUGAAUUCAUGAUUCGAUCCUGUGGUGGUCAAGUCAGUUGGGAUCCCUCUGUCGGCGUGAAUCCUCCCUUUGCUGAAUCAGACGAAACGAUCAAUUACCAAAUCACAGAUCGUCCAUCGGUCCGCAACAGAGUGUUGUCUCGUAAAUACGUACAGCCUCAGUGGGUUGCAGACUGUAUUAAUGCUAGAAAGAUCCUCAAGCCCAGCCUGUAUGAACCAGGUGCUGAAUUACCCGCCCAUUUGUCUCCCUUCGUAGAAGCUAGAGCUGGUGAUUAUGUUCCCAAGGCAGGUGUAGAAAGCGAAGAAGAAGAGGAAGAAGAAGUAGAGGAAGAAGAAAAGAAACCCAAGAAACGUACGGCCGACGAAAUCGAAGAAGAAGAAGCCAAGGAAAUGGCUACAGUGAUGAUGACAAACAAGCAGAGAAAGCUCUACAACAAGAUGCAGCAUGGUAUUCAACAAAAGGCUGAAGAAGCUGCCAAAUUAAAAGAAAAGAAGAAGGCAUUGAAGAAGGCCAAGAAAACUUCUUCAAAUUAAUUAUCAUAUAAUUAUGCAUUUUACUGUAUAUACAACAUAUCUUAGAAGAAUACAAUAAAACUCCCCCUC